AUGACUAUAAAGAAUAAAAAGACUAAAGAAUUAAAAGCGUCCGAGGCGACCUCCUCGAGCAGUGCAUCAACCAGUGUUCAGAAAAGUAGUACAUCCAUGGUGCAAAAGAGCAGUAACGCACUUCAAAAGGUGAGCUCAUCAGGGAAAAAGGUCCGUUAUAUCGAGGUUAAGGUCGAGGAGGAAGACCCGCUGAUGAUUACUGAUGUAACUGAUCAUGCUUCUAUAACCGGCUCUACAAUAUCCGAGCAUUAUAAUAGCCACCCGCACUAUAUUAUAACGGAAGCACCAUCGAUGACUGAUCUGUCUCAAAUAAGAUCGUAUGAACAUAACGUAAGUGAUAUGGCAAAAUCUACAACUGGAGAAUUCGUUUCUAGUUCUGUAAUUCAAGAGUCGUCAUCAGUGCACCAAAAAAGCUCUAAAAGUGAAACUUUUCAGUCAUCUUCAACCUCAGUUCAACAUUCCGAUUCAAAUCAAAGUCAUACAUUUGAUAGAACAGUGGAUUCUUCUGUUGAGAAUCAGACACUUAACACUGCUUUUAUAGAUAGUACUGCACACAACACGGCAGGAUCAAAUACGUUUGACCGAAGACCUCAGGGUGCGAAUAGUACUGAUGCUUUUCUUCAAUCGGAACGCGAAAAUGUAUCCAAUACCCAAUCAACGCAUCAGUCAACCACGUCACGGCGAGAUAUUAAAAACAAUUUUGCGAAAAUAACUGAUAAGAAAUUUGAUAACCAACGCGAGAACGACCGCUAUCAGCAUUCGUCUGAGACUUCGAAGAGAAAUCAUACAGGUAAAUUAGACACAUCGAAUUUUUACGGAGGAGAAGGCUCUUUAGAGAACAGUAAAAAAUCCAGGGAAUAUAGUACAACAAGCAAAUCAAGUGAAAAUAAAAGCAGUAAUGCGACAACAUCGACAUCUUCGUCGUAUGUGGUUGAAAUUGUGGACGGAAAAGAACGUAUAAUUGAUACCUCGAAAAGGGAGUGGGGUGACGCACAAGAACAUGCAUCUAAAGAAACCUACGCGAGUGUAAGUGGAACUGACAUUAAGCCUGAAUCUGUCUACAGUCAGCAAAACUACGACAUGAAGUCAAAAUAUGACACGGGAAAGGAUGGCGGACAUCCAAUAAAUGAAAUGAAGAUAAAAGAAGACUCACAAUUAGUUAAGGAUGGAAAGAAAAUCACUUCGCACGAGAGCUAUAUUUCACAUAAAGAUAAUCUACAUCAACUUGGAUCAACUGAGUCAACUGAGGAACGCGUAUUAUCUCAAAAUAAUGAGUUAAAUACCAAUGUGUCAUCUGAGCUAAUCAACAAAACUCAAAGUAAUACAAACACUAAUAAAUAUAACCAAACAAUUAAUCAAACUUCGAAUUUGCAAAGGCGGGAUCAAAAUACUAGAACAGAUUCAUCUGAUUUCUAUGGUUAUGAUUCUACAAUUCAAAAUGAACUUAAAAGAGUUGGAGAUAUUUUGCAAGUACAUGAUGCUGAUAACAUAAACUUUUCCACCAAAAUAUUAAAGAGCAACACUAACAGUGCCCAACAAGAAUCAACAUCAUCUUACAUUUUGGAAGUUGUUGACGGGAGGCAGAGAAUAGUGGACAGCAAACACAGGGAAUGGGGUGAUACUAAAGAACAUUCUACACAUGAAAAGAGUCAUUACGUUAGUGGGCCCAAUAUAAAACCUGAACACGAAUAUACACGACACGUGUUAGACAAAGAAUCUUUCUAUGAUACUGGUAAAGAUGGUAUUCCCAAAAGUGCAACCCAUGUCGCAGAGGAAUCUGCUUUGUAUAAAGAUGGUAAAGAAAUUGCUUCCACAAGAAAUGUAUACACUGGUGAUUUUACAAAGAAGCCCGCUAUUACAGAGCACUUUACAGAUAAAGAUGAGGAUUAUGCCAAGAACAUUAAAGACACGACUAAUAAAUCAGUGUACUCUGAUACUCAAGGUAUUACUUCUACACACGAUAAUAAUGAUGUACGCGAUAUUAAGAACACAACCAAAACAACGGAAUUUAUAACAAAAGAACAACAAAAUAUAGUUAAAGAAAGCACAUCAAAAUCAACUUCUGAAACAAAAGACACCUUGACGAGUUAUGAAAGAAGUACGGGAACAUGGAAUGGGAAAUUUGUUUAUGAGAAUGAUGAUGAUAGACCAAAAAGACCUAAAGAAAUGUCACCAUUUGGUCGACCUGAGCAGCCGCGAUACCACUUAAAACGACAAGACACUGAAGACAAUAUUAUAUUAACAUCAAAAGAUAUAAAAGAUUUUACUUCUAUAAGUGAUUUGCGAAAAAUAAUUGAAACGUCAGCCUCCAAUAAAGAUGUUACAGUUAGUAAUCAGAAUAUUGUCAUCAGAAGAAAUAUUGACGAUAGAGUGUUAAAAGACAUAAUUGAAACUGUUAAAAAGUAUCCUUUUAAAAGAAUUGACAAGGUAUCCUUUGGAACAAAAAUUAAGGAGGAUGUAAAAGAUCUUUAUGAAGGUGUAGACACCGAACAAAUUACUGUUUUAAAAAAUAGCAACUCUGAUGUAAUCAAAAAGUCAUUUGAAGUUGAUAAAACUAGAAGUCAAAUUGAGGUGACGCGUUAUAUUACUGAAAAUGGAGUUACUAGGAAAAUAACUACAUAUGAAGAUGCAAAAGAAGACGAUAAAAUUAAAACCAAUGUUUUCGUUGACAACAGUGCGUUAGACAUCAAAAACUUGAAGGAUGUCCAAACCACACGAGAUACACGCGAAUAUGACGUCGUAGAUCAUGCAAUAACCGACACCACAAGAAAGGACACUGUCGUCAGCACUGUUUACGACGAAACCAUCAUCGAUGACAGGAAAACAGUUCGUGAUGACAGGACCACAGUUGAGGAGACCAUCUACAUUGACGAAAGGCGGCCAAGACAUGCUGGUCCCAAAAGGCCAGAGAAAACUGUUGUCAAGGAGCAGUGUGUUUGUGAAAUUUGUACUUGUGGGCGUCACCGUUGCCCACACAACGAUGUCCCGGAGCCAUUGUUCGAUGUGGAGCACACGACGAGCGUGGUUUCCGCAUACAAACAAGAUUACGACGAAAAACAAGUAAGCCGUACAACCGCUGUUCAUCACGAAGACCAUCUUCGGCUUGAAGGAGAUUUUCAAGAACCUGAACGUCAUCACUGGCAACCUGCUGAGCGGCAAAAACCUACUAAGCCUGAAGAUAACCUAAGACCUGAAGGAGAAUUUGAGAAAAGGCGCCCCGAAGAAUGGCGACCGGGUGACAGGGUGCCUGUAAAACGUCCGGAGGAUAACUUAAAACCAGAAGGUGACUUUGAGAAAAGAAGACCUGAUGAAUGGAAACCUGGUGAAAGGGCGCCUGUACGUCGCCCUCAAGAUAAUUUGCGACCAGAAGGUGAAUUCGAGAAAAGGCAACCAGAAGAGUGGCGCCCAGGAGAUAGGGCUCCUAUUCGUCGUCCAGAUGAUAACCUAAAACCUGAAGGUGAAUUUAUGACUCCUGAAAAAGAGCAUUGGCGCCCUGCUGAUCGUCAAAAACCAAGAAAGCCAGUGGAUAACUUGCGCCCUGAAGGUGAAUUUGAAAAAAGGCAUCCAGAUGAAUGGCGCCCUGGAGAUCGCGCACCAGUUCGUCGACCUGAAGAUAAUCUCUAUCCUGAAGGUGAGUUUGAACAACGAAAACCAGAUGAAUGGCGACCUGGUGACAGAGCACCUGUAAGUCGUCCGGAUGAUAAUUUAAAGCCUGAGGGUGAAUUCACGACUCCAGAAAAAGAACCCUGGAGACCAGCUGAAAGGCAAAAGCCAAAAAAACCAGAAGACAAUUUAAGACCAGAAGGAGAUUUUGAAAAAAGAAGACCUGAAGAAUGGCGUCCAGGAGAAAGAGAACCAGUAAGGCGUCCCAAAGAUAAUUUGAAACCUGAAGGUGAUUUUGAAAAACGGAAACCUGAGGAAUGGCAACCUGGCGACAGAGCUCCCGUACGACGCCCAGAUGAUAAUCUUAAACCAGAAGGGGAAUUUGUUACCCCAGAAAGAGAACCCUGGAGGCCAGCAGAAAAGCAAAGGCCGAAAAAGCCAGAAGAUAAUUUAAGACCAGAAGGUGACUUUGAAAAACGAAAACCGGAUGAAUGGCGUCCAGGAGAUAGAGAGCCAGUUCGACGUCCAAAAGACAAUUUGAAACCCGAAGGAGAUUUUGAGAAAAGACAACCCGAAGAAUGGCAGCCCGGUGAUAGAGCAACUGUAAAACGCCCUCAUGAUAAUCUAAAGCCGGAAGGUGAAUUUGUUACACCAGAAAAAGAACCUUGGAGGCCAGCAGAACGGCAAAAGCCAAAGAAACCGGAGGAUAAUCUUAAACCAGAAGGAGACUUCGUCAAGCGUCAGCCCAUAGAAUUUAUACCAGCUGAAAAGUCUGUAGGCAAAAAACCGGAAGAUAAUUUGCGCCCAGAAGGAGAUUUUACUACUACAAGAAUAGAUGAUUAUAAAGUAGUAACCGGUGAAAAGGCGGAAAUCGUAAAACACACAGAUAAUAUUAUCAUGGAAGGAGAAUUUACGGACACUACAACGUCGCGAACAGAAUACACUAUAAAACCUGUUGAGAGACAAAAACCAGUAAGAAGAAAUACUUGGACUAAAAUAGAAGGAGAUAUGUUCACUGAUACUACCACAAAGACUGAAUUUAUUGACUACACGGAUACAGUCGAAAGAGCUACAUUGGUUACCCGUAGAACUGAUAAUUUAAUACGAGAAGGUGAAAUAGAAUUUGUAACUUCAAACCAAAAUGAUUAUACAGAAAAGAAUACUGUACUCGAACGCCCACAUCGCCGUCGUACAUGGACAAAAGAAGAUUUUGAUAAAUUUUACUCCACAGAUAAUUUGCAAACAGUUACAACAACGCAAGAAGAAUACAAAACUUAUGAAACAACUGACGUGAGACAAAAGAAGGUAAAACCAGUUGAUAAUUUAAGACCUGAAGGUGACUUUGAGAAACCAAAAAUAGAUGAAUGGCGUCCAGCAGAAAGACAAACAGCUAAAAAACCACAGGAUAACUUAAAACCAGAAGGUGAAUUCACUACUCCUGAUAAGGAACAAUGGAGGCCAGCUGAACGUCCCAUUCAGAAGAAGCCAAAAGAUAAUCUGAAACCAGAAGGUGAAUUCGAACAACCUAAAUACGAUGAAUGGCAACCAGCGGAAAGACAAACACCUAAAAAACCACAGGAUAACCUUAAACCUGAAGGCGAAUUCACGACUCCCGAAAAGGACCAGUGGAGGCCAGCAGAACGCCGCACUCAAAGGAAACCUAAAGAUAAUCUGAGACCAGAAGGUGAUUUCGAACAACCUAAGCAAGAUGAAUGGCAACCAGCAGAAAGACAGACGCCUAAAAAGCCACAAGACAACUUAAAACCAGAAGGUGAAUUCACGACACCUGACAAAGACCAGUGGAGGCCAGCUGAGCGACCAACUCAAAAGAAACCCCAAGAUAAUUUGAAACCAGAAGGCGAAUUUGAGCAACCUAAGCAAGAUGAAUGGCGUCCAGCGGAAAGGCAAACAGCUAAAAAACCACAAGAUAACUUAAGACCUGAAGGAGAUUUUACAACUCCCGAAAAAGAACACUGGAGGCCAGCUGAGCGUCCUAUUCAGAAGAAGCCAAAAGAUAAUCUGAAACCAGAAGGUGAUUUCGAACAACCUAAACAUGAUGAAUGGCGUCCAGCGGAAAGACAAACACCUAAAAAGCCACAAGAUAACUUAAAACCAGAAGGUGAAUUCACAACUCCUGAGAAAGAUCAUUGGCAACCAGCAGAACGCCGUAACCAAACUAGACCUAAAGAUAAUCUGAGACCAGAAGGUGAUUUUGAACAACCCAAACAUGAUGAAUGGCGUCCAGCGGAAAAACAAACAGCUAAAAAGCCGCAGGAUAACUUAAAACCAGAAGGAGAUUUUACAACUCCCGAAAAAGAUCAAUGGAGGCCAGCUGAGCGUCCUAUUCAGAAGAAACCAAAAGAUAAUCUGAAACCAGAAGGGGAUUUCGAACAACCUAAACAUGAUGAAUGGCGUCCAGCGGAAAGACAAAUACCUAAAAAGCCACAAGAUAACUUAAAACCAGAAGGUGAUUUCACCACUCCUGAGAAAGACCAAUGGCGACCAGCAGAACGCCGCACUCAAACUAAACCUAAAGAUAAUCUGAGACCAGAAGGUGACAUCGAACAACCUAAGCAAGAUGAAUGGCGACCAGCAGAAAGACAGACACCUAAAAAGCCGCAAGACAACUUAAAACCAGAAGGUGAAUUCACAACUCCUGAGAAAGAUCAAUGGCAACCAGCAGAACGCCGCACCCAAACUAGACCUAAAGAUAAUCUGAGACCAGAAGGUGAUUUCGAACAACCUAAACAUGAUGAAUGGCGUCCAGCAGAAAGACAAAUACCUAGAAAGCCUCAAGAUAACUUAAAACCAGAAGGUGAUUUCGAACAACCUAAGCAUGAUGAAUGGCGUCCAGCAGAAAGACAGACACCUAAAAAGCCGCAGGAUAACUUAAAACCAGAAGGAGAUUUUACAACUCCCGAAAAAGAUCAAUGGAGGCCAGCUGAGCGUCCUAUUCAGAAGAAACCAAAAGAUAAUCUAAAACCAGAAGGCGAUUUCGAACAACCUAAACAUGAUGAAUGGCAUCCAGCAGAAAGACAAACACUUAAAAAGCCACAAGAUAACUUAAAACCAGAAGGUGAUUUCACCACUCCCGAGAAAGACCAAUGGCGACCGGCAGAACGCCGCACUCAAACUAAACCUAAAGAUAAUCUGAGACCAGAAGGUGACUUCGAACAACCUAAGCAAGAUGAAUGGCGACCAGCAGAAAGACAGACACCUAAAAAGCCGCAAGACAACUUAAAACCAGAAGGUGAAUUCACAACUCCUGAUAAAGAUCAGUGGAGGCCAGCUGAGCGGCCAACUCAAAAGAAACCCCAAGAUAAUUUGAAACCGGAAGGCGAAUUUGAGCAACCUAAGCAAGAUGAAUGGCGUCCAGCGGAAAGACAAACAGCUAAAAAGCCGCAAGAUAACUUAAGACCUGAAGGAGAUUUUACAACUCCCGAAAAAGAACAUUGGAGGCCAGCUGAGCGUCCCAUUCAGAAGAAGCCAAAAGAUAAUCUAAGGCCAGAGGGGGAAUUUGAGCAACCUAAACAUGAUGAAUGGCAACCAGCGGAAAGACAAAUACCUAAAAAGCCGCAAGACAACUUAAGACCAGAAGGUGAUUUCGAGACUCCUGAGAAAGACCAAUGGCGACCAGCAGAACGCCGCACUCAAACUAAACCUAAAGAUAAUCUGAAACCAGAAGGUGAUUUUGAACAACCUAAACAUGAUGAAUGGCGACCAGCAGAAAGACAGACACCUAAAAAGCCUCAAGAUAACUUAAGACCCGAAGGUGAUUUCGAACAACCUAAACAUGAUGAAUGGCAUCCAGCGGAAAGACAAACAGCUAAAAAGCCACAGGAUAACUUAAAGCCAGAAGGUGAAUUCACGACUCCUGAUAAAGAACAAUGGCAACCAGCAGAACGCCGCACUCAAAGGAAACCUAAAGAUAACCUGAGACCAGAAGGUGAUUUCGAACAACCUAAGCACGAUGAGUGGCAACCAGCAGAAAGACAAACACCUAAAAAGCCACAAGACAACUUAAAACCAGAAGGUGAAUUCACAACUCCUGAAAAAGACCAGUGGAGGCCAGCUGAGCGGCCAAUUCAAAAGAAACCACAAGAUAAUUUGAAACCUGAAGGCGAAUUUGAGCAACCUAAGCAAGAUGAAUGGCGUCCAGCGGAAAGACAAACAGCUAAAAAGCCGCAAGAUAACUUAAGACCUGAAGGAGAUUUUACAACUCCCGAAAAAGAUCAAUGGAGGCCAGCUGAGCGUCCUAUUCAGAAGAAACCAAAAGAUAAUUUGAGACCAGAAGGUGAUUUUGAACAACCUAAACAUGAUGAAUGGCGUCCAGCAGAAAGGCAGACACCUAAAAAGCCAAAAGAUAACUUAAAACCAGAAGGUGAAUUCACAACUCCCGAUAAAGACCAGUGGAGGCCAGCUGAGCGCCCUAUACAAAAGAAACCCCAAGAUAAUUUGAAACCGGAAGGGGAAUUCGAGCAACCUAAGCCAGACGAAUGGCGUCCAGCGGAAAGACAAAAACCUAAAAGGCCCCAAGAUAACUUAAGACCCGAGGGUGAAUUCUCGACUCCUGAGAAAGACCAAUGGCGACCAGCAGAACGCCGCACUCAAACCAAACCUAAAGAUAAUCUGAAACCAGAAGGUGACUUCGAACAACCUAAACAUGAUGAAUGGCGACCAGCAGAAAGACAGACACCUAGAAAGCCGCAAGAUAAUCUACGACCUGAAGGAGAUUUUGAAAAACCUACACAAGAGGAUUGGCAACCGGCUGAACGUCCUGUUCAAAGAAAACCUAAAGAUAAUCUUAAACCUGAAGGUGAAUUUGAGCAUCCUAAGCAUGAUGAAUGGCGUCCUGCUGAAAGACAAACACCUGUAAAACCUAAAGAUAAUUUAAAACCAGAAGGUGAAUUCGAACAACCAAGGCCAGAAAAAUGGCGUCCAGCAGAGAGGCAAACGCCUACAAAACCAAAAGAUAAUUUGAAACCAGAAGGUGAAUUUGAGACGCCUAGACAGCCAGAAUGGCGGCCUGCUGAACGUCCUAAACAGACAAAACCUCAGGAUAACUUAAAACCAGAAGGAGUAUUUGAACAACCAAAACAUGAUGAGUGGAAGCCAGCUGAGAGGCAAACUCCAAAGAAACCAAGGGAUAAUCUUAAACCAGAAGGUGAUAUGGAAGUAGUUCGUCGGACAGAUUAUUCAGUGACAAGAGGUGAUCGCGUAGAAGUGGUCAAACAUGAAGAUAAUUUAAAAAUGGAAGGAGUAAUUGAUGUUCAUCGCUCUAGGGACGAUUAUAAACGUAUCGAAAAAACUGAAAAAGUUGUUAUUCAGAAGCACGAAGAUAAUUUAAAGACUGAAGGUGAAUUUAUUGAUCUUUAUACUCGUGAUGAUUACCGUGCUACUAAAGGUGACAGAGCGCCUGUAGUAAAACCACAAGAUAAUUUAAAACCAGACGGAAAGUUUUAUAAGCCUGAAACGGUUGCAACUCGACCAGCAGAGAAACGAAAGCCUUUUAAGCAUAUUGAUAACAUAACAAUUGAUAGAGAUCUCGAUAUUCAUCAUAAACAAAAUAUUGAUCGCGUCGAUAUCAUAAGACGUGAAGACAACCUAAAGAUUGAAGGAGAAUUUAUAGACAUGAAACAAAGGAAUGAUUAUAAAGUGGUCACAGGAGAAAAAACCGCCCUUGUCAAACAUGAAGAUAAUUUAAAGAUGGAAGGUAAAAUGGAAAAUAUAAGAUCUUCAGAUACGUACCGUCUUGUAAAAGGGCAAAGAGUGAAACUUAUACGCAGAGAAGAUAAUCUUAAAAUUGAAGGUGUUUUCGAAGAUCACGUGCGUCGAGAUGAACACAAGAUUAGUAAAACUGAUAGAAGAGCCAUUGCUUAUUAUUCUGACGAUAAAAAUAAACCGAAAUAUCCUAACGACGAAUCUGUUAAACCUUGGGAGAGCGACACAUAUCAACCAAUAAAACAAUCUGAACAAUAUAGACCACAUGAUAUAGAUACUAGUACCAAAGAAAUACCGAGGACAGUAUCCACAGGUAAGGAUAAAUUCUAUCCCGAAAAUCGUCAAAAAACUCAGUCGCAGCCCAGCGAAGUUCCAGAGCAGAUACAACCAAAAGACAAUCUCUAUCCCGAAGGGGAGUUUCGAAGUGGACCUAAAACAUCGUGGCAGCCUGGUGAAGCACCAAGACAAAUUCGGCCAACAGAUAAUCUUCAUCCAGAAGGCCAAUUUGAAGAUAGACCCAAAACUCAAUGGCAACCUGGUGAAAUACCUGAACAAAUUCGUCCCAAAGACAAUCUACACCCAGAAGGUCAAUUUCAUGAUCGACCUAAAAGUCAAUGGCAACCUGGUGAAAUACCUGAACAAAUUCGUCCCAAAGACAAUCUACAUCCAGAAGGUAAAUUUCAUGAUCGACCUAAAACUCAAUUGCAACCUGGUGAAAUACCUGAACAAAUUCGCCCCAAAGACAAUCUUCACCCAGAAGGUAAAUUUCAUGAUCGACCCAAAAGUCAAUGGCAACCUGGUGAAAUAUCUGAACAGAUUCGCCCUAAAGACAACCUUCACCCAGAAGGUCAAUUUCAUGAUCGACCUAAAAGUCAAUGGCAACCUUCUGAAAUACCUGAACAAAUUCGACCUAAAGACAACCUUCACCCAGAAGGUAAAUUUCAUGAUCGACCUAAAACUCAAUGGCAACCUGGUGAAAUACCUGAACAAAUUCGCCCCAAAGACAAUCUUCACCCAGAAGGUGAAUUUCAAGAUCGACCCAAAACUCAAUGGCAGCCUGGAGAAUCUCCAGCACAAGUACGUCCUAAGGAUAAUUUAAAACCAGAAGGUGAUUUUGAUCGCCCAUCUAGACCAAAAUGGGAAACAACUGAUCGUUCGACUCCCAUUAGGCCAAAAGACAAUUUAUAUACAAGAACAGAUGGCGAUUCAACUCCUACAAUAUCAAGCGAUUCUACUAUUUAUCGACCUAGGGAUGAAUUACAUCCUGAAAUACGCCAUCCAACACAUUCUCAAAAAGAAAUAACACACAAUGAUAUUACAAACCAGUCAAGGCAAAGUAAAGAAUUAACAUCUGUCAAUAGAAGCGAUAAUGAAAUACACAAAGAAAAUAUACAAAGGACUCAGAUUGGAAAGGAAACAAAACAACGUACUAACGUUCAAUCCACUUCUCAUACAGAGUUUUCCACUUCUAAAGACAAUCAAACAACUCACAAAACAUUCAAAACACAAGAUGUUAUCGAUCGUGCAGAAUCUCAAAAUAAUUUAGAUCGUACAUCUACACAAGUUUCAAGAAGUAGUGUUGAAAAGAGCGAACUGAAUAAAACUAAUUCGAAACAUAUAAAAAAUGUAACCACUUCUUCAACUAAGACGAUAAAACAAGUAAAGGAAAAAAAAUUAAUAGCAGGUAAAUGGGUGGUUGUUACACGAAACGUGGAAACAAACGUCACAACAGGAGCUGACACUGAAAACAAUAAUGUUAAAAGAAACGCUGAUGAUCGUACUGCGUCACAAAUUAAAUAUGUGACAAGUGAAACAAGUCAGACAGGGAUCGCUUCAGACACGUAUGGUAAUGUAUUACAUUCUGACCAACGUUCACAUUAUAAUAAUAAAGAUGAUCAAUUUGAAGAUAGACCCAAAACUCAAUGGCAACCUGGUGAAAUUUCUGAACAAAUUCGACCUAAAGACAACCUUUAUCCAGAAGGUAAAUUUCAAGAUCGACCAAAAACUCAAUGGCAGCCUGGAGAAAUUCCAGCACAAGUACGUCCUAAGGAUAAUUUAAAACCAGAAGGUGAUUUUGAUCGCCCAUCUAGACCAAAAUGGGAAACAACUGAUCGUUCCACUCCCAUGAGGCCAAAAGACAAUUUGAAUAUCAGAACAGAUAGCGAUUCAUCUUCUACAAUAUCAAGCGAUCGUACUAUUUAUCGACCUAGGGAUGAAUUGCAUCCUGAAACACGUCAUCCAACACAUUCUGAAAAAGACAUAACACAUAAUGAUAUUAGAAACCAGUCAAGGCAAAGUAAAGAAUUAACAUCUGUUACUAGAAGUGGUAGUGAAACACAUAAAGAAAAUAUACAAAAGACUCAGAUUGGAAAGGAAACAAAACAAUCUCGUACUAAUGUUCAAUCCACUUCUCAUACUGAGUUUUCCACUUCUAAAGACAAUCAAACAGCUCACAAAACAUUCACAACACAAGAUAUCAUCGAUCGUGCAGAGUCUCAAAAUAAUUUAGAUCGUACAACUACACAAGUAUCAAGAAAUAGUGUUGAAAAGAGCGAAGUGAAUAAAACUAAUUCAAAGCAUAUAAAAAAUGUGACGACUUCUUUAACUAAGACAAUAAAACAAGUAAAGGAAAAAAAAUUAAUAGCAGGUAAAUGGGUGAUGGUUACAAGAAACGUGGAAACAAACACCCCAAUAGGAGCUGACACUGAAAACAAUAAUGUCCGAAGAAACACUGAUGACCUUAUUGCGUCUCAAAUUAAAUCAGUGACAAGUGAAACACGUCAGAGAGGGAUCGCUUCAGAUACGUCUAGUAAUGUAUUAAAUUCUCACCAGCGUUCGAAUUAUAAUAAAGAAGAUGAUCAAAGUCUACAUCUGAUUUCCAACAAGACACAUAUGACGAAGGCAAAUCAGGAAGAGCAACUUAUUAAACAUACUACUGGACAUUCAUCUUCUGAUAGCCACAUAGUGCGUCAGCAAAGAGGCGAUAGCGUCCAAAAACUUAUAUCAUCGGAGCACGAAUCCUAUCAAAAGCUUGCUUCAUCUGACAAUCGCAAUCAAGAAAAUAUUCAUGCAAAACAUAUAAUACAUGGUAGCACAAUGAAUCAAAAUUUAUCGCGGUCCAACCAGCAUUUGUCUACAAGCAGCAAAGUUUACAAGCAUACUGAAGGGGAACAUUUUCAGAAAACUUUGUCAUCCGAUCAGUCGUUGACAUCACAGUUUUCUACAAAUCAACAUCAUUCGAAUUCGCAACAGCGUAUUAUUUCUGAUAAUACACAAAAAGGUUCUGGAUCUUAUUCAAAUAUAAUAACCGGAAUUAAUAUGGACGGAACAGGUCAUACAAAUUCAACUUAUGACUCCAGUAAAUUAAGUAGGAAUCAGCUAAGUGACAGUGUUACAAAAACAAGCAGAGAAUUUCAACAAGCAAUGCACGGUGGCAGUGACGUCAUUACAUCUACAACAGACAAUGUAGCACGAAGUGGUUACCAUAAGCGUACAUCCGACUUAACGUCUGAUUCACAGUCUGCCAACGCUGUUCUUCAUCGUAAAGGUGUUACGUCAACUAAUGAAGCGCACCACUCUAUUAGUUCGACUGCAGCUUCACAACGUAAAAGUAUUGGAAACCUUAACGACCGUGGUGAAUACAUAAGUAAUUCGACACACAGCACUGAUAGAAAGAGCAUCAGUUCAAUGCAUCGUUCUGCUCGCGACAAUACUGACAAUGCAGACUUCCGACGUACACAAAGGCGAGAUGGCCAGUCGACAAUGGUAGUGGAGCGGGAACCACGCGUAAACGUUAGGGAUAAUCUUCGAGUUGGUGGGGAAUUUUUCGGACAAUCAGAAGCACGCUCAUAUGGAAGUUUUUCUCGUUCUGAACAAUCCCAGAAAGCUGAAAGAACAGAGCACGUAGAACGUGUCCAAAGGGUAACAAGACACGGAAAUACGUCGCAGUUUAUAUUAGGUGACGCCGGCAACACUAGCUACAAACGUGAGUUUACCACUCACGUGCAUGGUACUUGUCCGGCUACAACACUUCAAAGUCCAAGUACGCAAUUUAAACACACUCGUGACUCCCGCGAGCAUAAAUUUUAUUCGUCUAAAGUAACUCAUUAA